AAACGAAGGGCUACAGUCCAGCGGCACUUGGCUCCAUAAAGCCACUGCUGUGGUCCUGUGGAAAGCGACUUCCAUCAACUCCCGGGGGCUGGAGCGGGCAUUGCGUUUGGCUUCGGAGUCCUGCCGGAACGAAUCCGGCGCUGUCCUUCCUUCCUACUUGCCGCAACUGAGGUGGGAAGCGGCGUCCCGCGAGCCCUCCUCCCACCUGCUCUCGUCAGGCAGAAGGACAACAACACCCAUCCGCCCAGCGCUCCCCGCGGAGCCCUUGCUUUCAGUGAGCCCCGCCCAAGCGAGCGACGUCUCCGAAUGUUUCCGGCGCCGGGGGAUGACGUCAACCGUACGGCGGGUCGGAAGGACCGAUCUUGGGAAGGGCGUUCUGGCGGCUGUGGAGCCUGGAAGUGAGGUGAGAGGCAAGUCGUAACGAGGAAAAGGGGAGGCUGGGCAGCCCCGUCUCCCCUUCGGGCUGAGGGGCUGGUCGGGAAGGUGCGGCGCUGUCUUUCUCCGCCUGGUGCCGGGAGACGCUGCCUUGGGCGGCUCUUCGUUCGCUGCCCGGGUUGGGUGUGCCCGUCCCUUCCGCUGGAGUCGCUUCUCCCCUGGACCUCCAUGCGGGCUGAUAGGGGCUCUAUCUCAGUGGCUCUAUAUGUUUGGGGGCCGGCAGCCUGAGGGCUUGGUGGGCGCUGCCCUGCUCGUAUGGGGAAGGGUCCUCCGGGGCCUGCCCGGCUGCCCUUGGUGGUCCCAAGGCGUGCAGAGAGAUGGGGUUUUGGGGCUGCCAAGCGGACAUCAGAUGUUGGCAGUCGCAAGCUAGACGCGAGUGAACGUAAGAAGAGCCCUGUUGAUGGAUCAGGCCAGUGGUCCGUCUAGUACAGUGGUACCUCGGGUUACAUACGCUUCAGGUUACAGACUCCGCUAACCCAGAAAUAGUGCUUCAGGUUAAGAACUUGCUUCGGGAUGAGAACAGAAAUCGUGUUCUGGCGGCGCAGCAGCAGCAGGAAGCCCCAUUAGCUAAAGUGGUGCUUCAGGUUAAGAACAGUUUCAGGUUAAAAAUGGUACUCCAGAACGAAUUAAGUACUUAACCCGAGGUACCACUGUAGUCUAACAUCCUGUACCCACAGUGGCGGGACAGGUGUCUGUGGGAAGCCCGAAAGCAGGACACGGGCGCAACAGCACUCUGCCCACCUGCAAUUCCCAGCCGCUGGUAUUUGGAGGCGCACCGAAUGCUGUCAGUGGAGGUGGAAAAUAGCCAUUGUGGCUUGAUAGCUUUCUCUGCCACAAGUUUGUGUCCUGAAAUGUUUACAUUUUGACACGAGACUCCGCCUAAAUCUAUUCACUGUAUGCUCUGUAUUAAAAUAACAUUUCUGUUUAUAAAAUCAUUUGUAUGCUAGCCUUCUGUGCAAAGCCAUCCAGUGCAGAUUGCAGCACCAUAAAACCGUACAUAUACAAAAUAUAACAGCAGCAGUAUUUACAGUCAUUUAAAAACCUAAGCUAGUUUGAAAACAGUUUAAAACAGUUUAAAAACAUCAGUAUACAUUGCUAAUACAGAACUCUCUGACCAAAAUUACCAAUUCUAAAAGAGCAACCUUUAAGAGAAAUUGGACCAAAAGAGAAGUUUUUAAGGUCGACAUAACGUUGAGGCCAGACAAAUCUGCUAACCACAGAUGUCAGCUGCACUUCAAACUACAAAUUUUGAUGUCACCCUUCAGGAAAUGCAAUACAAUCUGAGGCCAGUUGUUCCUCUCUAUCCAGAUCAGUCAGAUUCCCCAUUCAGAGCAGCUCUAUCUUAUCUGAAUUGAGUUUCAGCUGGGUUAUCUUCAUCCAUCUCAAAAUUGUCUCCAGUUUCCUAUUCAGAAAUCAUUUACAUAUUUUUCAUCUUAUUCUCACAUCAGUUUAGGUUGAGCAGUAGCUUGCCCAGCAUCACCCAGUAACGUUCUUUCCACUGUAAAAGUUCCUUAAUGGCCUUGUGCAAGCUACUGCUCAACCUAAACUGAUUCACAGUAUUGUGAGACUAAGGGGACCCUCAGGCCCAGGGGCCAUAUGUGUCUCUCCAGGCCUCUCCACCUGGCCCACAAGACUCUUCCUAGGCCACAUACACUGCCGAGCCACACCCCUCCUUAAAUAUUUUUGCCUGUCUGGAAUGUGCCUUUGACUUCUGAUAACAUUUCUUGUUUGCCUGGCUGGAGUUAAGAGAGGGGUGUGUAACUUAAGUACAAACAUAUAUCUACAGUUGCUCCCCCCACUAAUGUUCUGGCCAUGCUCACCACUGUCAUGUGGCCCCAGACAGGUUGCCAUGAAGGGAAUGUGGCCAGAGGCUGACCAAGCUUCUCCACUCCUGUGGUAGAGAAUGGAUUUGAGCCAGUGGCUACCUAGGCUAAUAAUACAAUCCUGUGCGUGCCUACUCAAAAGUAAACUCCACAGAACUUUCUCUCAGGUAAAUGUGUACAAUAUUGCAGCCCAGGUCUAAGAUCUUACACUGCUGAGCCUGUAUUGGGGGGGGGGUUGGGUCCAGAUCAAUCAUCCAUGAAUUCUCAGACUGAGUUUGGCCUUGUUUUGUUUAAUUUAUCAUCUGCCUUUCAGCCUGUGGUAAAGCCCUCUUGCUGGCUACUACAGUACCAAACACGUUGGGUGUUCAGAAUUUUUAUUCUGUCUCUGCAUUUGCUAUGUGUUUCUGAAAGACGCUCUCUUGGAGAUCUCGGCUCUGCUAACGUGUCUGUCCUACCAACAGGUCCCUGAGGAGGGCGAUGACUGAAUACAAGCUGGUGGUGGUAGGAGCUGGUGGUGUUGGGAAAAGUGCCCUAACCAUCCAGCUCAUCCAGAAUCACUUUGUAGAUGAAUAUGAUCCCACUAUAGAGGUGAGCUCCUGCAGGCAUUUUCAGCUAUGGGACCUUAUUGACUGUGUGUGUAUGAUAUGAACCUAUGUUUCUUGUGUUUGCUUUUCUACCAGCAUACAAGAGGUGCAGCAUACUGUCGUCAGUCCUAAGUGUUAGAAACCCAGAGUUUCACACUCAUUAAACUUAUCCUGUCUUUAAAGAAGUGGAUAGAAACUAUGGAUUCAUUUAUCCUUAUAAUAUCAGAAAGCUCAGAACUUUUUUGCAAAAGUAUUGAUAUUUUUUCAGAGGUAAAGGUAAAGGGACCCCUGACCAUUAGGUCCAGUCGUGACUGACUCUGGGGUUGCGGCGCUCAUCUCGCUUUAUUGGCCGAGGGAGCCAGCGUACAGCUUCCAGGUCAUGUGGCCAGCAUGACUUCUGGUGAACCAGAGCAGCACACGGAAACGCCGUUUACCUUCCCACCGGAGUGGUACCUAUUUAUCUACUUGCACUUUGAUGUGCUUUUGAACUGCUAGGUUGGCAGGAGCAGGGACCGAGCAACGGGAGCUCACCCCGUUGCGGGGAUUCGAACCCCCAACCUUCUGAUUGGCAAGUCCUAGGCUCUGUGGUUUAACCCACAGUGCCACCCGCAUCCCGUUUUCAGAUAUGCUUAACUGUUAAUCAGUGGUAUCUUUUUAAAUCAUUGAUAUCAGUGGGAUUAAAUUACAGUAGUUAUGCUAACAUAUAUCCAUUGGUUCCAGUGGAUCUACUCUGAGUAUGAUUUAGCCAGACACCACCCAGUAUGUGUAACAAAAUUAAAAUAUUUGAGUUUUGGGAAUUAUUUGGCAAAGAAUUGGGAGAGACUGGGGGCAGAGGUUGCUGUAGGAUUAAAAGGAUGAGGGACAGAGCUCUCCCAGAACUGAGGCACAGAUUCCUCCCUUGUUCUAAGUUUGGUUUCUGGAACUUUACCAGAAACUCCCAUGUUUUCAAAAUCUCAACUGAUGUCUUUUCUUGUUUGAAAAGAGAUCGUGAGGUUCUUCAGUUGAUUGAACAAAUAGACCGUAAACAAGCAUGUGUGGAAUCCCCCAACAGCUCAUGCUUCUGGAAGCACAUCAUCCUUUAAAUCACCAAAUACAGUAAGGAUUGGAGAAGGGCUGAUUUCGAAACUGUGGAUCAUCACAGUGUGUUGAAGUGUGUGGCAAACAGGAUUUGGUGGAUCAGAUAAUGCUUAGUUCUGAAACUAUAUUUUUUUCCCACAGGACUCUUACCGUAAACAGGUAGUUAUUGAUGGAGAGACCUGUUUGUUAGAUAUCCUGGACACAGCAGGGCAAGAAGAGUAUAGUGCCAUGAGAGAUCAGUACAUGAGAACUGGGGAAGGCUUUCUAUGUGUGUUCGCCAUCAACAACAGCAAAUCAUUUGCAGAUAUCAAUCUUUACAGGUAAGCUGUGCUUGCAGGAAGGAGGUGGGAAAGGCACAGCUGCGUGCUAGUGCUGAGCCAAAAUCCACCGUGGCCCUUGAAUAGACUGUAUUGCUAAAGCGGUUGGUAGUCAUGUCUAGAACAGAGGUGGUAACUGGAUCCUGCCAGCAGGUCAGAUCCUGCCCUCCCCCAACCCCCAUAGACUGUUUUGACAAUUAGGUGAGGGCUGCCCACCUGUCAGUCAGCUGCUAUCUGAUAAAGCAUUUUCAUUUGCCUGUGUGGUUUAAAAUCAAACUGCGCAUUCAAAAGCUCAGGAGUUUAUGUACAGCUGAAUAUGCUGUUCAAGAGGUUUUUGCUCAUAAAUCAAUCAAAAUAUUCAAAAUAGUUCUGGAGAAAUAGGGGACAAUUGUGAUAGAUGCCCUGGCAUAGGAAGGGAUGGAGAGGAUCAUACUCAGGUGAAUAAAAGGAUGGUUGGAGCAUCUUUCUGUUUUCAUUACCUGGUUCAUAUAGUUAAUGGUAUGCUGAUUUGAUUUCUAUCCCACUUUCAAUUCAGAAGGACGGCUUAUAUAAAAUUAUGCAAUCAUGUGAUAUCAAAAGGCCAUCUUAUGGCAUUGCUCUGAACUGCAGGAUUUUUCAUUAUCUGAAGUCAGAAGAGAAGCAGCCAGGUGCAGCUGCCGUGUUUUGGGACCAAUGGCAAUUUGAACAACAUGUAAAAUUGAGGCUGUGAUCUCUUCCCACCCAUUUCUCCAGAGAACAGAUUAAAAGAGUGAAAGAUUCUGAAGACGUACCAAUGGUGUUAGUGGGAAACAAAUGCGACUUGCCAACACGGACAGUAGAUACCAAACAAGCUCAUGAAGUAGCCAAGAGCUAUGGGAUUCCCUUCAUUGAGACAUCUGCCAAAACGAGACAGGUAAUGGAUUCUUGUGCUUCUGUUUUGCUCUCUUGAGAACUGCCAGCACUGUUCCGGUACACUGAUUGAGAAGCCAGCACUAGGCAGGCAGAGGGUUGGAGCUUGUUGGUAGGAGUACUAUCCUAUAGGCUGCAUAAACUUGGAACCUUUAAAAAAAGGGGGUGGGGAGCAAGCACACUUCCUGCAUGUGAGGAGUAAGGUUCCAUUGAAGAAAGUGGUAGCUUUUUUAAAACCCUAUUUGUCAUGUAGGGAUGACCCUUUCUGGGGGGAAUCACAGCUGGGGUUAACCCUUUUCUCCCCUCUCCACUGCCCCAAAUGCCAUGCACGCAGCAAUCAGGCCUGAACAAUUCUAAUUAAUGUCAAUAGGAGGCUUUUCCCCAAGCCUACCUGAUUGAUGUCUUGUGGGCACAUUUGUGGCUUGGGAGGAAAGGGUUAGACUUCCAUGGCACGUCUGGCACACACACACCCCUUUUGGGUGUGGCAAUUAGGUUUCAAAAACAACAACAGCACCCUCAUCUCGGCUCAAAAUAUGAAGCUCUUUUUAAGUCUAUUUGCCAUACAGGUAGGGGUGGGCAAUCUUCAUGGUAAUUAACUCUCUCCCCCCCCCAUGUGCUGUAAUACAGUGGUACCUCGAGUUAAGAACUUAAUUCGUUCCGGAGGUCUGUUCUUAACCUGAAACUGCUCUUAACCUGAAGCACCACUUUAGCUAAUAGGCCCUCCUGCUGCCGCCACACCGUCAGAGCACGAUUUCUGUUCUCAUCUGAAGCAAAGUUCUUAACCCGAGGUAAUAUUUCUGGGUUAGUGGAGUCUGUAACCUGAAGCGUAUGUAACCUGAAGCGUAUGUAACCCGACGUACCACUGUACCCACAAAAUGACCUUCUCAACCUCAGCUUCAGUUUUUAUUUUCAAGUCCAGUGGCUGCUGUUGUGCAUGAGUGAAUGUGAAUGGAUGAAUGAAUGAAUGGUGGGGAUUAAGGUUUAUGUAUGUUUUUAUGCAUGAAUGGGGGUGGGUGUAUAUAAGGGAGAGUGUAGUGGGAGAGUUCCCCUAUUUAUUGCAUUGAUUCUGCCGACUACUGUAAUGCAGUCCCCCACUCGGUAAAUUUGAUAUGAAACCUUUCAAGAGGGAUGUGUGGAGAAGGGGCAACAAGGAAAACAUCUCCUAGGCCCAGAAUCACUUGUUUCUGACCAGAGUAUCUUUCCCGCUCAGGGUGUUGAAGAUGCCUUUUACACACUGGUGAGGGAGAUCCGCCAAUAUCGGAUGAAAAGACUCAACAGCAGUGAAGAUGGGAAUCAAGGCUGCAUGGGACUCUCAUGCCUUGUGAUGUGAUCAGGUGGGUGGCAGUUUCUGCUAAACAAGUGAUUGAGAAAUAUGAAGGCACAGUGUUUUUGAAGAAAUCUCUUAUUUUGAAGGACAGUGAUAAAAACAAGUUUUGCAAAGUAGGCGUAGGAGACGGCGAGAGUCAGAAAGCUGAGUGGCAAACGAGAAAAUGCAGAUGAAUGCCUCAUAAGAAGGACUUGUCAGCUUGCAUCUUUAAAGCAGGCUCCUACAAAGCUCAAAUAGACAAAAAGGGCUUGGCAAAAACCUUUGGAAACCUCUGACAUAGGGGCUGUAGCUUCCUAAUGCUAAAGUUCAUGUAAUAGGUGUCAGGUCUCUAUAGCCUCUUUUAAAAAUAGAUGUUUAAAUAACAUAAAAAUCUAUCAGUUGGACUACAGUCUUUCUGAUAGGGAUAAAAUGCCUACAGCCUGUUCCCUCUGCUGUAGCGUCAUUAUCCUGGGCAAAGUCUACAGCUUUCUUGGGUUUUGUGGGUUUGAUUCACUGGAAAUUAAUGCUGCAUGUGGAGUUCUCCUGGGACUCUGCUUUGGCAGUCUUAAACUUCGCCCUGUUUAUGUUAUAGAGCAUGUAGUGGAGCAAAACUAACACGAUGCAUCUCUUUGUUUCAGCUGUCAAAAACAUCUGGCCAAAGUGCAGCUAGAGGGUGAAUCUUAAGUCCACUGUUGCAUUUCACCAGUACCCUGGUGCCAGUUCUAAUUCUUUUCUGCCGGCAGGCACCUGAAGAGAAUGUCUCUGAACAUCUACCUCUUUGCUCAGCUGAGCAAGCAAAGAAAGUCUCCUCUGUUGGUGGUGGGAUUUCCGCACCCCCACCCUCUCUUUCUCGGAUAGGUUCAAACAGAGGAACUGGUGCGUGAAACUGUAGAGGCCAAAUACUUUGAAAGGACCAUAUACCUGUUUCUGGAAGGAAAGUUGGAGAAAAUUGUGAUCACACUGUACUGAAAAGCCUGACGUCUCUCCACCAUUUUUGGACAGGGAAAUGCUAGCAGCAUGCCCCUGCACUGUAUAUCUAAAAUAUUUCUAUAGCACACCAACUUAUUGCACUUAUUUUGACCUCUAGCCCUUGGCUUUCUUUCUAGUAAGAGAUCUUGAAUAACCAAGUGCCUAUUUGCAAAGGCAGGACAGGCCUUAAACUUGCCCUGCAAAGUUCCUAGCUGUCCCAUCUUGAGCACCUGAACCUGCCUCAGACCCUUGGUCUGCCUGCUCUUGACCUGCAGUGGGUCUCCAGUGUCCUCCUUCCCUGCUCUGUUCACUGAUCCUUCUUAAUAGGACUUUCAGGGGAUUGAAUGUGGAACCUUCUACAUGCAGAGCAUGUGUUCUGCCAUUGAGCUAUAUCACCUCCCCAGUAAUGCACAAGGACGUCUCUGCACUCUUGACUGAAAUACACAUUGAUCUUUAAGACCUGUGGGGAACUCCAGCAGUCAUUCGCCAUCCUCCAGUGUUAAAUACAUUUCAUUUAACUCUUCUUGACAAUGCUGGAAGCCAUUGGUGCCUCUCACCAGGCCCAGUUAACAGCCGUGGAUAUUAAAACUAACAGUUACUCCAAUGCCGGUCAUAAAGCAUGGCUCUGUGAGGGCUAUGUAGAGAAGAUGGAACUGCCCCAGCUUUCUAUGCACUUCUCUCUCUUUUUUUUAAUUCGUUCAACACCUUUGUCAGGCACAGACUCUUUAUUUUUGAUCUGUGAAAAAUGAACCAGGGGGAAACACACUUCAUCAAGAUUAUAUACUUUGAAAGCUCUUUCCGGGUGACUGCUGUGCAGUUAAGCUACAGGUAAAGAGCUAGGGGAACAAAAGGGGAACACAAAGGGAUUUAGCCACACAGUUUGAUGCUGCUUGGAUAAAGAAGUAAAUUGCUGUUGUGUAUUCAGCCUUACAAACUUUGGAACUGGAUUUUUCAUGAGCCUAUGUGCCCCAUAAUUCUCUGUUCAAAUGAAUAUUUGCUGGGAAAAGAGCUGAUUGACUAGAUAACCACUAUUUAUAUGAAAGCCAUAAUAUUUGAUCCUGGUUCUCAUGUCUUGUUCCUGUUUUGCAACUGAAUGUGUGAACUGCCUUGAUUCCGAAGUGUUCUUGCUUGAUAUGAUGGAAAUUCAUACAAAAGUGCUGUCUGUGGUAGUUGUUUGAUACAUACAUGUCGUUGCUAGAUGUUGUGGUUAUUGCAUUUAUAAAUUCUUCCUAAGUGGGGGGCCAGACUGCAGUAGAAAUGGAGUACAGGACCGUAAGUCAUUUAUUGGUGGUUUUAUUACGUUGCCAUUUUACUGUACAAGCUCCAAGUUGGAGAAAUCACUGUGCAAUCACAAGUAGCGAGAUGGUGGACACCUAUUUCCUAAAAAAUCUUUGCUCUUGCCUAAUAUGAUGAUGAUGUAUCGUUUCAGAGAUGUGCAGUAUUCUGAGAGGGUCUUAAUAUGUCUUGCAUCUAGGUAAACUGUUAAUCAGGUCUAGGCCUUAAGACAUCACAGAACUCCCUUUGUUAAGGGGCUGGUAUCACUUAAGCAAUAAAGUGGUACAUUGUUUAAGUCCAUUUCCUUUGUUUUUACGGACAGAGUUCCUGUGUCCCUUUCUGUUUGCAUGGCAUGUAUAAAUGUAACAGGUACAUUGAUGGAGGGGGCAGUAUUUGUUGAUUUUCUGCUCAUCUUUUAGCUGUUCAGGAUGUUGAACGUAGGAGUACUGCCAGAUAACAUAGGAGUACUGCCAGGAUGUUGAACAUAGGAGUACUGCCAGAUAAAAGUGGCAGUCCUUGUACCACUUUAGGAAGUCUCCCUCCACUUUUUACCAUGUAAAGGUUGUGUCUGCAGAAGCCUGAAGAUUAAGUGUCAUUUCUGGCUGAGCUUUCUGCAUAUUAGCCAGCGAAAAAGCAGCAGUGAAGAAGAUAUUGGCCAGUUUCACACCCAUUGUUAAUCUGAGUCCAGUUGCUGCAGAUGAUAUUCCUUCACUAGACUAACUUUGCAUUCUCUAGAGAUAAAGCACUCUUCCACCUUCAGAAUAAUAAUUAUUAUUGUUAUGAUUGUUAUUAUUAUUUGCCCUGAUGAACACCUCAUCGAUUAACUGAAACUAGUGGUCAGUAUUUUUUAAAGUAUUUGCAGUAUUGUUUUUAAAAAUACUAUUUGAAUUCUUCUGGUUCGGGGGCAGGGGUGGUACCCUGCAGAUGUUACAUCUUCCCAUCUUCCCUGACUAGUGGGCUGACAAUUGGGACCCAGCAGCAUUGCCUGCCUCUGCUCUGUGCCUUUGUAAGUGGCCAGUUUUGCCGCAUGUGACUGAAUUAAUGGUUAGAGAAAGCACAGAUGUGGAGUUGAAAAGGGAAGAAAGUGCCUAUUUGCUGCCUGAUGAAUUUGAGUUCUGGGGUGUUUAAAUAUAAUUUUAAAAUGCUCACAAUGGUGCUUGCAUCUUCAGAUUCUCCAGCAUAAUACAGGAUGGUCAUAAGCUACGAGAAAUAAUAGUAACGUACAUGACCAAAUGGCAAAGUGCACAUUAAUAAGAUCUCUACCGAUUUUACAGCUAAUUGAAGAAAAGCUCCCUUGUAUGUUCUUGAGUUAUGGGAGUGACACUCUGCCAAUUUCCUUCCAUUUGGAUAGUAGAAAAGGUGUCUUGUCUUAAUUGGUCUCUAACAUAACUGAUUCUGCCACUGUUUUGCUCUUGCUGACAGGCAAUCUCAUUUCCUACAGCAGAAUACCACAAUUAAUAUGGGGCAGUAGAGUCUGUGUGGCUAGGAAGCAAGGCAUGCUUCAGCUGUGAUUGCACAACACUGGAUGGGCUCUCUUUUUAAUGAAGUAUCAGAACCCAGCAUUUAAACAUGGAAUGUCACCAAAGGACUAAUGUCAACUCUAUUACUAUGUAAUCCAUUUCUCACUCAUUUUGUGUUUUAAUCAAAUAAUGUUUGUAUAAACAUUCUAAAAUACAUCAAAAUUAUUCCUUGGUGUGUGCGCA